AUGUUCGUGCAGCAAGCCGAGGCCCAGCUGACCCCCUGGGAUCCCCCGGCAGCGGACAGGGAAGGGUUAAAGGCCCCCCGGCUCCCUGCCCCCUGCCCUGGGGAACCCCUGGCCUGUGGGGACAUGAACUGUGGGCGGAGCAGCUGGGGGAUGGGCAGCCGGCAAAGGAGCUGUCCCAAGCCCCUGAGCCCCACGCGCCGCCAGCCGGGUCUCCCGCUGCGUGCGUCCCGGAGCGCCUCGCAGGCCAGGUGCGCCCAGGUCCUUCCCGACCCAGCGGUCCAGCUUUCCGCAGCCACCUUCGUGGGCAUCCGGGAAGGGGUCCGGGGCGCCUCCCUGGAGAGGAAUCGGCCGGCUCAGGCUCCCUGGGCAGGGGAGGGGGCAGGUUCUGGCCUGUGCCUCCCCCCUCAUGCCCCGCCCCGGGGCCCAGAUUCCGGCGUCCGGGGGCGGACGGGAGACGCCCGGCCCGUCUACCCGCCCCGGGCCGCGUCUGCUCCGACGGGUGUUUGUCACCUGGUCCUGGUGGUGCUGAGCCUCUGGCCAGAUAGAGCCGUUGCCCCUGGGCCACCAUCUGGCUCCCCACGAGUCUCUCCAGAUCCUCGUGCAGAUCUGGACAGCGCUGUCCUCCUGACCCGAUCCCUCCUGGCCGACACUCGGCAACUGGCGGCGCAGAUGAGAGACAAAUUCCCAGCAGACGGAGACCACAAUCUGGACUCCCUACCUACCUUGGCCAUGAGCGCUGGGACGUUGGGAUCUUUGCAGCUUCCAGGGGUGCUGACAAGGCUUCGAGUAGAUCUGAUGUCCUACCUCCGGCAUGUACAGUGGCUGCGCCGGGCAGGUGGCCCUUCCCUAAAGACUCUGGAGCCAGAGCUGGGUGCCCUGCAAGCCAGGCUGGAGCGGCUGCUCCGUCGUCUACAGCUCUUGACAUCUCGCCUGGCUUUGCCCCAGGCAACCCCAGACCAACCCACAGUCCCCUUGGGCCCUCCUGCCUCCGCCUGGGGAAGCGUCCGGGCUGCUCACGCCAUCUUAGGCGGGCUGCACCUGACCUUGGACUGGGCUGUGCGGGGUCUGCUGCUGUUAAAGACUCGGCUGUGACGAGGACUGAAAGCCACCACCGACAUCAUCGUUCAAAGCCACAUCUUAUUUAUUUAUUUAUUUUGGUACUGGGGGGGCGGGGCACAUGAUGAUCAGGGGCAUGCCACACCCCACACAACCGACACCCAGCUAGAUACACUUCCUCCAGGAGACCUGGGUGGGGGUGGGGUCACCUGUGUGGCUUAUUUAUACUUAUUUAUUUAAGGAAUUGGGGGUGGGUGGGGACAGGUGGAUCUGAGACCUCGAAGAACAGGGAACUGAAAUCCUGGAUUCUGGGGUCUCUAUGAAAUCUAUCCACAGUGUCUUCCUCGCUUCCUCCAUUAUUUAUUAAACAAUUACUUUUUAUGUUAAGGGGUUUUAUACCGAAAUGUGAGACGUUUUUUGUGAGACAGAAAAGGGGGUGAUUUAAAUACAUAUCCACUUAGAGGUGAAUAGCAGAGGGAUGCCUAAAUGGUCGGAGUCUGACCUGGUGCCUAGCACUUAGAGCUCCUCAACAGAUACUUAACAGAAGGUUCCAGAACAUCGCCUUAGAACUAAAAGCCCCUGCGUGGUUCAGAGCUGCAAAGCCCUCAAGGUUGUUCCUUUCGGCGACAUUCAUGCUGGGUUCGCCGGUGGGAGCUGGGUGAAUAAAAAGGGAGACAUCGUGUGAUGGAAUCCUAACCAGCCGGUCUAAACAAUCCAAGCAAAGGCUGCUGAUGACGCUGACCGGCCCUGCACCGUGAGAGCAGCAGACGGUAGAACCACUCUUUCUAUACCUAAGUAUGGAUUUUUUUUUUUUUCAAAAUGGAAACACCAAAAUGUGGACAAUGACUGUCUCAGGGUUGAAAACAUGAGUUGGGGCUGUGGGGUGACUUUGUGUGUGUGUGUGUGUGCUUGUAUUCUCCAGAGUUUUUACCAUGACUGUAUUUUGCAUGACACAUUUAAAGACAACAAUAAACACUAUUUUUAGAAUGA